AUGUCGGUGCAGUACAGUCCGUGGGCGGACGUGGCGCUCGAGUACCGGGCCAACUUCACCCAGUGGCUCCUGGACAACAGCGAGGGCCGCCCCGCCGACCCCUGCUUCAUCGACGGACACUCUGGCGAGACCUACACCUACGGCCAGGUGGCGAGCCUCAUCCGUCGCACCGCCUCCGCGCUGCACCUCUACCACGGCCUCCGCAAAGGUGAUGUGCUGGCGAUCUACUCGCCCAACCACAUCCAAUACCCCGUCCUCUACCACGCCGUGGCCAUUCUCGGCGGGACGGUGUGUACGAUCAACCCGGCCUACACGGCGCACGAGGUGGAGUACCACCUGAAGGACUCGGGCGCGCGCUACCUGGCCACCCUGCCCGAGCUCGCCGACGCCGUGUGGGCCACCGCCCAGCAGCUGCGCCUCCGCAACGUGUUCACCUUCUCGUCGACCCACCCGUGCCCGCACCGCGAAGCCAUCCCCGUUUCCAGCCUCUUCGAACUAGGGAAUGAUGCGUUGCCACACGUGAGCAUCGACCCGAUGAACGAUGUGGUGUGCCUUCCCUAUUCCAGCGGUACGACGGGCCUGCCGAAGGGCGUGUGUCUCACGCACUUCAACCUCAUCUCCAACUUCCUCCAAAUGGCCGACAUCGACCCGCCCGACGACGACGGGCACAAGGUGCAUCUGGGCCUGCUGCCGUUCUUCCACUCGUACGGAAUGCUGGUCAUGAACGCGGCCCUCCUCGGGCCCCACCCCCUCGUGGUCAUCCAGAAAUUCGAACUCAAGGCACGUAACGCAUAUGGGCAAUUCCAGGAAUUUCUGGGCAUCUUGGAAAAGUACCGGGUCACCCACGCGUCGCUGGUGCCGCCCAUCGUGAUCGCGUUGGCCAAGCACCCGCUGGUCAACCAAUACAACCUCUCCCUCAAGCGCGUCGGCUGCGGUGCGGCGGCACUGGGCGACGGGGUGGCCAAGAUCGUGGAGAAGAAGUUCGGGUGCGUGCUCCGGCAGGGCUACGGCAUGACCGAACUCUCGCCCGUCGCCACCAUGAGCUCCCUCCGCAAGCCCAUAAUCCUAGAGGCGUCGGGCCAGCUGCUGCCCAACACCGAGGCCAAGGUGGUCGAGAUCGGCAGCGACGACGACAGCGACGCGUCGGGCGGCCGCCGCCGGCUGCUGGGGCCGAUGGAGCAGGGCGAGCUCUACAUUCGCGGGCCGCAGGUCAUGGCCGGGUACCACAACAACCCGGCCGCCACCCGGGCGACGAUCGACGCCGACGGAUGGCUGCGCACGGGCGACAUCGCCUACUACGACCGCGACGGCUACUUCUACAUCGUCGACCGCCUCAAGGAGCUAAUCAAGACUAAGGGCUUCCAAGUCGCGCCGGCGGAGCUGGAGGCGGUGCUGCUGACGCACCCGAAGGUCGCCGACGCGGCGGUGGUUCCGUCGCCGGACGAGCGCGCGGGCGAGGUGCCCAAGGCCUUCGUCGUGGCCAAGCCCAACGCCGGCCCGCUCACCGAGCAAGAAGGUACCAGCGUCAAUGCUGACGUGGCACUGACCAGCACCGGUUGGAUUGCUGACGUGGCAUCGGUGGUGGUGGUGAUGGUAGUGAUGGAGUUCGUGGCGGGGAAGGUGGCCCACUUCAAGCGGCUCCACUUUGUGGAGUUCGUGGCGGCCAUACCCAAGACCAGCAGCGGCAAGAUUCUGCGCCGCGACCUCAAGGAGCGCGAACGCCAGCGCAUCAUCGCCCGCACCACCGUCGCCCGCCUCUAA